UGCUAUUGUUAAUGCUGACGUAAUCGUGUUAUUGAAUGUGCUAUUUAUUUACCUUUGUAUUAUUAUUUAUGUGAUAGAAAAUUAUUUUGUUUUGUUUAUUUCGAUAGAUAGUGUCAGUGUUUGUAUUUCAAAUUAAUGUGAUCUGUGCAAAAUGACGAGUAAAGAAAAGAUAUCGACGAUGGAUAAUAUUACAACUCCGAUUGUUGUUUUGGAAAAUAUUGAGGAAAAUUCAAAUAGAAUAAUACAAUUUAAUUCUUCGACAGAAUUAGCCAGUAGUUCUGUAUCUAACGAAACGAAGUAUGUCGUUGAGAAUUCUGCAGAAGUCAAAAUACAACGUACUGAGAGUGGGAGCACAGGUGUCGUCAUAACGGACGUUAGCGAUCUCCGCUUGAGUUCUGCUUCUUUAGACGAGCCGAUUAUUCAUUCAAAUUUCAUCAUUACAGAACCAAGAAAUGACGUAGAAUCUUUCUCGAAAGAAGCUUUUGGAAGCCAUGGUGUAAUUAAAUUGACGCAAACUAGUGAUGGGAAAGCGUUAAAUAGCAAUUCUAGUUUUUAUGAAAAGGUGCUUUCAACUAGCAGUUCAACUUCCGCCCAACAAACUGAUCUUUCAAGUUCGUCAAAAAAUAUUGACGAAACAUCAAAUAAAACCUUUUAUUUACAAAUGCGUGAUGAUAAAAAUUCAAAGGCUGGACUAAAAAUGGGUACAAAUUAUAAGAAAGAUACAUUAGAUUUUAUUGCUCACGAAUGCAAAGAUUCUGAAGAACGUGUUCCAAAAAGAUUGAGUGAUAUUACAUCGCCCAUCGGCAUUGAAACUACUUCCACUUCAACAAAAUUAGACGGUAAGCGACUUGACCUGAGUGAUGUAAAAACAGACAAGAAUUUAUCUUCAAUUCGGACUGAAAGGACCUACAUAACAAACAAAAAUACUGCGGACAAUGUUAUUUCUACAAGUGGAAAAAAUGUCAGAAAAAUUAAAGAUUCAAGUAAAAAAGAUGAUAAAUUUAAAAUUAUUGAUAAAUCAACAAGGACUGAAGAUGACAACUCAGAAUUGACCAAUCAAGACCGUGCUAUAUUUCUAUCAAAAAAUGAAAAUCUCCCAUCAGACCUAGUCCAAACAAUGUUCACUGAUUCUAAAACUAAAAAAAUGUAUGCAAUAGUAAAAGGAGAAUUGCAGCACGUAAAUGAUGAAAUAUUUCAAUCAGAUGAACCGCAUGCGUGGACAGAAACAACGUAUACAACGUUGGAUGCUCUGGGUAAUAUUGUCUCUGAAAGCUUUGAAAAAAAGGAGAAUACUACGUUCGAUUCAAAAACUCUGACAAACGUACGACAGGAGACAAAUCAAAUUGCAGAUAAGCUAAAAACUUUCAAACCGAGUGCUAUAUUAGAUAAGUCGAAAAAUAGGAUAUUGUUAGAAUCUAAAAUCACAAAUACAAUUGGCGAUGAAGAUAUAGUAGGGUUUACAGAAACUACAUAUAUUACCACCGAUGCCGCUGGUAAUAUUAUUAAUGAAAUAGUUGAACGCGUUGCUAAUAGCAGCGCGCAACCCAUGAAUGAAACUAUGACGAGCACAUCGACACCUAGCAAGCAGAAAGAUCGACGUUCAGAAAGUAUGUAUGCCAUUAAAGACUCAUCUGGUGGCAAUAUUUUGUAUACUAAAGAUAGAACCGAUGUAAGGGCUACAAUUGACCAGUCUGAAGAUAGUUCAAUUGGUACUUUAUCCACUCAAGUUACUGAACGACAAGAUUACGAAAUUAGCACCAAAUCUGAAGAAACAUUCAAUAAAUCAACAUACCUUAGUGAUAUUUCAGAAAAACAAUAUUCUGCAGAUAAAAAUAUAAAGCACCGCGAACUCACAAAAACGAUAGACAAUCAAAAAGAUAUCGAAAAUAUAAAAAAUCCAAAAACUAAAGUUGUUAUGAUUGAUGACCCAAUAAGACCAGGAAAAAUGAUACGUAAGGUUGUACAAUUGAAGCAAAAAGAUGAUUUAAUUCAUAAUAAAACUGUGAAGGUGCAUCAAGAAAACACCACGGAUAAAAAGAUUGAAAUUAAGAAUGAAAUAACAGAACAAGUGAAUACAUCAUUAAUAAAAUCUUGUGAUAGUAGUAAUACAGUAACCGACAAUGAAGAAUCUGUUCGCAUAUAUAGCGGCGUAGGUAAUAAGUUUCAUGAUAUUCUUCCUCAAAAUAUAGUUAGUAAUAUUGAAAAAGAUAAUUAUAAGGAUGGUAUCAAAAGCAUGCACACAACAAUAGAAGACGAUAGUCAUUCUGAAAUAAUAGCUAGCACGCAGAUCAGUGCAUAUCAUAAGAUUUCGAAUUUAACGACUUUUGACACGACCGAUUCUCAUGUUACGAGUUCGAAUAAUGAAAAUUUAGUAUUUGAAGGGUCUUCUUCAAUUACUGAUGUUAGUGUAAAUGAGCUUUCAUUCGUCGAUAAUAAUGCAAGAAAUCUUGACGUUUCAUCACUAAAGAGCGAUGAAUACUCAGAGGAUGUUCGGGAAAAGACGUCAAUUGUUUCUGGUGACCUAUCGUCUCGGCAAGGAAUGUUUGAAAAAAAAUAUAUCAAGACAAAGAGCGAUAGCAGUACAUCGGCAAAUGAAGGCACUAAAUAUAAAAAAUACGAAGAACAAUGUGUUUGUGAAAUAUGUACAUGCGGCCAUCAUCGAUGUCCACAUAACCCUGGUUAUCAGUAUACAGAAUGGGAUUCGGCUAUAGAAGCAACCACUGCUUACCGCAAUGAUUAUGAUCAAAAGCACGUUGAAAAAGCAACUGCCAUACGUUAUUAUGAUAACUUACGCCUGGAGGGUUCUCUCGAUAUACCACAAAAGCCAAAAUAUGAAUCUACUCCAAGGUCUAAGCCCUUCCGCCCUCAAGACAAUCUUAAACCUGAAGGAGAUUUUGAAAGACCUGCAAAAAGUACGUAUAAUAGUAUUUCUGAUACAGCCAAAAUGUCUAAAGAACAUUUGAAAUACCAUGGUGAUCGCGCGGAAAUAGUGAAAAGAAUGGAUAACUUACAUAUGGAAGGAGAGAUUUUCGAUGCAACAAAGACAAAAACGGACUAUAGUGGCUUACAAACUCAAAUGCUUCAACCCGUAAGACGUAACACGUGGACAAAAUCAGAAGAAAAUACAAUGCAAGAAGAAUAUGUUAAACAUGAGGAAAGUUUUAGCUUUAAUCAAAGUUAUUUAAAAGCCGAGGAAGAGGUUGAUUACGUUAAACUAAAUUGUGAGGACUCAGCACUCUCCGUUAUAAGCGAGAAGCCUUCCCGAAGAAAAACAUGGACUAAGGAUGACAUCCAUAAAUAUUACUCUGCUUCUGAAACACAUGACAUCGAUUCCCAUGUAGAACGAACAAGUGCUGCAAAACAAGUAGAUAAGAGAGUAAUGCCUGUUAAACACUCUGAUAACCUUCGACCUGAAGGCGAUUUUGAGAGGCCCGAGCAACCGAAAUAUAUGUCAACCGAGAGGCCUAAAGCAAUGAAACCAAAGGAUAACUUGCAACCUGAAGGUGAUUUUGAGAGACCUGAGCAACAUAAAGUUGUGCCGGCUGAAAUUAGGACGCCGAUUAAACACUUCGAUAAUCUACGACCUGAAGGCGAUUUUGAGAGACCAGAACAUCAAAAAUAUGAGCCGGUUGAAAGGCCGAAAGCGAAGAAACCAAAAGACAACUUGCACCCGGACGGCGAUUUUGAAAGACCUGAGCAAAAUAAAAUUGUGCCGGCUGAAGUUAGGACGCCGAUUAAAUAUUUCGACAAUCUUCGACCUGAAGGCGAUUUCGAAAGACCAGAACAACAGCGGUAUGAGCCGGCUGAAAGGCCCAAAGCGAAAAAACCAAAGGAUAACUUACACCCCGAAGGUGAUUUUGAAAGACCUGAACAGGAGAAAUUUAGGCCAACUGAGAGGCCAAAAGCAAAGAAACCAAAAGACAACUUGCAGCCGGAGGGCGAUUUUGAAAGGCCUAAGCAAGAGAAAUUUAGGCCAGCUGAGAGGCCCACAGCGAAGAAACCAAAAGACAACUUGCAGCCGGAGGGUGAUUUUGAAAGACCAGAACAACAGCAGUACGAACCGGCUGAAAGGCCAAAAGCAAAAAAACCAAAAGAUAACUUGCAUCCGGAAGGCGAUUUUGAAAGGCCGGAGCAGGAGAAAUUCAGGCCAGCUGAGAGGCCCAAAGCGAAAAAACCAAAAGACAACUUGCAGCCAGAGGGCGAUUUUGAAAGGCCUGAGCAACUUAAACGGUACGAGCCGGCUGAAAGGCCAAAAGCGAAAAAACCAAAAGAUAACUUGCAGCCGGAAGGCGAUUUUGAAAGGCCUGAGCAGGAGAAAUUUAAGCCAGGUGAGAGGCCCAAAGCGAAGAAACCAAGAGACAACUUGCAGCCAGAGGGCGAUUUUGAAAGGCCUGAGCAACUUAAAAUUGUGCCGUCUGAAGUUAGGACACCGAUUAAACAUUUCGACAAUCUUCGACCGGAGGGUAGUUUUGAGAGACCUGAACAAGAACAAUAUAGACCCGCAGAAAGGCGCAAAGCGGAAAAACCAACAGACAACCUGCAGCUAGAAGGCGAAUUUGAACGAUCUGAGUCGUUUAGGUAUGAACAAGCAGAGCGAAGAACUCUGAUCAAGCAUUAUGAUAACCUUCGACCUGAAGGCGACUUUGAGAGACCGGAGCAGCUCAAAUAUGAGCCAACUGAAAGACCCAAAGCGAAGAAACCAAAAGACAACUUACAGCCGGAGGGAGAUUUUGAAAGACCUGAGCCACCUAAAGUUGGGCCGGCUGAAGUUAGGACGCCGAUUAGACAUUUCGACAAUCUUCGACCUGAAGGUAAUUUCGAAAGACCAGAACAACAGCGGUACGAGCCGGCUGAAAGGCCAAAAGCGAAAAAACCAAAAGACAACUUGCAGCCGGAGGGCGAUUUUGAAAGGCCAGAGCAUCUUAAAGUUGUGCCGGCUGAAGUUCGGACGCCGAUUAAACAUUUCGACAAUCUUCGACCGGAGGGUAGUUUUGAGAGACCUGAACAAGAACAAUAUAGACCCGCAGAAAGGCGCAAAGCGGAGAAACCAACAGACAACCUGCAGCUAGAAGGCGAAUUUGAACGAUCUGAGUCGUUUAGGUAUGAACAAGCAGAGCGAAGAACUCUGAUCAAGCAUUAUGAUAACCUUCGACCUGAAGGCGACUUUGAGAGACCGGAGCAGCUCAAAUAUGAGCCAACUGAAAGACCCAAAGCGAAGAAACCAAAAGACAACUUACAGCCGGAGGGAGAUUUUGAAAGACCUGAGCCACCUAAACCGGCUGAAAGGCCAAAAGCGAAAAAACCAAAAGACAACUUGCAGCCGGAGGGCGAUUUUGAAAGGCCAGAGCAUCUUAAAGUUGUGCCGGCUGAAGUUCGGACGCCGAUUAAACAUUUCGACAAUCUUCGACCGGAGGGUAGUUUUGAGAGACCUGAACAAGAACAAUAUAGACCCGCAGAAAGGCGCAAAGCGGAGAAACCAACAGACAACCUGCAGCUAGAAGGCGAAUUUGAACGAUCUGAGUCGUUUAGGUAUGAACAAGCAGAGCGAAGAACUCUGAUCAAACAUUAUGAUAACCUUCGACCUGAAGGCGACUUUGAGAGACCGGAGCAGCUCAAAUAUGAGCCAACUGAAAGACCCAAAGCGAAGAAACCAAAAGACAACUUACAGCCGGAGGGAGAUUUUGAAAGACCUGAACAGCAAAAUCGGUAUGAGCCGGCUGAAAGACCCAAAGCGAAAAAACCAAAGGAUAACUUACAGCCCGAAGGUGAUUUUGAAAGACCCGAACAGGAGAAAUUUAAGCCAACUGAGAGGCCCCAAGCUAAGAAACCAAAAGACAACCUACAGCCGGAGGGCGAUUUUGAAAGGCCUGAGCAGGAGAAAUUUAGGCCAGCUGAGAGGCCCAAAGCAAAGAAACCAAAAGACAACUUGCAGCCUGAGGGCGAUUUUGAAAGGCCUGAGCAACUUAAACGUUACGAGCCGGCUGAAAGGCCAAAAGCGAAAAAACCAAAAGAUAACUUGCAGCCGGAAGGCGAUUUUGAAAGGCCUGAGCAGGAGAAAUUUAAGUCAGCUGAGAGGCCCAAAGCGAAGAAACCAAAAGACAACUUGCAGCCGGAGGGCGAUUUUGAAAGGCCCGAGCAACUUAAAGUUGUGCCGGCUGAAAUUAGGACGCCGAUUAAACAUUUCGACAAUCUUCGACCGGAGGGUAGUUUUGAGAGACCUGAACAAGAACAAUAUAGACCCGCAGAAAGACGCAAAGCGGAGAAACCAACAGACAACCUGCAGCUAGAAGGCGAAUUUGAACGAUCUGAGUCGUUUAGGUAUGAACAAGCAGAGCGAAGAACACUGAUCAAACAUUAUGAUAACCUUCGACCUGAAGGCGACUUUGAGAGACCGGAGCAACUCAAAUAUAAGCCAACUGAAAGACCCAAAGCGAAGAGACCAAAAGACAACUUACAGCCGGAGGGAGAUUUUGAAAGACCUGAACAGCAAAAAGUUCCGGCUGAAAGACCCAAAGCGAAAAAACCAAAGGAUAACUUACAGCCCGAAGGUGAUUUUGAAAGACCCGAACAGGAGAAAUUUAAGCCAACUGAGAGGCCCCAAGCUAAGAAACCAAAAGACAACCUACAGCCGGAGGGCGAUUUUGAAAGGCCUGAGCAGGAGAAAUUUAGGCCAGCUGAGAGGCCCAAAGCAAAGAAACCAAAAGACAACUUGCAGCCUGAGGGCGAUUUUGAAAGGCCUGAGCAACGUAAAGUUGUGCCGGCUGAAGUUAGGACGCCGAUUAAACAUUUCGACAAUCUUCGACCUGAGGGUGAUUUUGAAAGACCAGAACAACAGCGUUACGAGCCGGCUGAAAGGCCAAAAGCGAAAAAACCAAAAGAUAACUUGCAGCCGGAAGGCGAUUUUGAAAGGCCUGAGCCCGAGCAACUUAAAGUUGUUCCGGCUGAAAUUAGGACGCCGAUUAAACAUUUCGACAAUCUUCGACCGGAGGGUAGUUUUGAGAGACCUGAACAAGAACAAUAUAGACCCGCAGAAAGACGCAAAGCGGAGAAACCAACAGACAACCUGCAGCUAGAAGGCGAAUUUGAACGAUCUGAGUCGUUUAGGUAUGAACAAGCAGAGCGAAGAACACUGAUCAAACAUUAUGAUAACCUUCGACCUGAAGGCGACUUUGAGAGACCGGAGCAACUCAAAUAUAAGCCAACUGAAAGACCCAAAGCGAAGAGACCUAAAGACAAUUUACAGCCGGAGGGAGAUUUUGAAAGACCUGAACAGCAAAAAGUUGUGCCGGCUGAAGUUAGGACGCCGAUUAAACAUUUCGACAAUCUUCGACCUGAGGGUGAUUUUGAAAGACCAGAACAACAGCGGUAUGAGCCGGCUGAAAGACCCAAAGCGAAAAAACCAAAAGAUAACUUACAGCCCGAAGGUGAUUUUGAAAGACCCGAACAGGAGAAAUUUAAGCCAACUGAGAGGCCCCAAGCAAAGAAACCAAAAGACAACCUACAGCCGGAGGGCGAUUUUGAAAGGCCUGAGCAGGAGAAAUUUAGGCCAGCUGAGAGGCCCAAAGCGAAGAAACCAAAAGACAACUUGCAGCCUGAGGGCGAUUUUGAAAGGCCUGAGCAACUUAAAGUUGUGCCGGCUGAAGUUAGGACGCCGAUUAAACAUUUCGACAAUCUUCGACCUGAGGGUGAUUUUGAAAGACCAGAACCACAGCGGUACGAGCCGGCUGAAAGGCCAAAAGCGAAAAAACCAAAAGAUAACUUGCAGCCGGAAGGCGAUUUUGAAAGGCCUGAGCAGGAGAAAUUUAAGUCAGCUGAGAGGCCCAAAGCGAAGAAACCAAAAGACAACUUGCAGCCGGAGGGCGAUUUUGAAAGGCCCGAGCAACUUAAAGUUGUUACGGCUGAAAUUAGGACGCCGAUUAAACAUUUCGACAAUCUUCGACCGGAGGGUAGUUUUGAGAGACCUGAACAAGAACAAUAUAGACCCGCAGAAAGACCCAACUGAAAGACCCAAGCGAAGAGACCAAAAGACAACUUACAGCCGGAGGGAGAUUUUGAAAGACCUGAACAGCAAAAAGUUGUGUCGGCUGAAGUUAGGACGCCGAUUAAACAUUUUGACAAUCUUCGACCUGAAGGUGAUUUUGAAAGACCAGAACAACAGCGGUACGAGCCGGCUGAAAGACCCAAAGCGAAAAAACCAAAGGAUAACUUACAGCCCGAAGGUGAUUUUGAAAGACCCGAACAGGAGAAAUUUAAGCCAACUGAGAGGCCCCAAGCAAAGAAACCAAAAGACAACCUACAGCCGGAGGGCGAUUUUGAAAGGCCUGAGCAGGAGAAAUUUAGGCCAGCUGAGAGGCCCAAAGCGAAGAAACCAAAAGACAACUUGCACCCUGAGGGCGAUUUUGAAAGGCCUGAGCAACUUAAAGUUGUGCCGGCUGAAGUUAGGACGCCGAUUAAACAUUUCGACAAUCUUCGACCUGAGGGUGAUUUUGAAAGACCAGAACAACAGCGGUACGAGCCGGCUGAAAGGCCAAAAGCGAAAAAACCAAAAGAUAACUUGCAGCCGGAAGGCGAAUUUGAAAGGCCUGAGCAGGAGAAAUUUAAGUCAGCUGAGAGGCCCAAAGCGAAAAAACCAAAAGACAACUUGCAGCCGGAGGGUGAUUUUGAAAGGCCCGAGCAACUUAAAGUUGUGCCGGCUGAAAUUAGGACGCCGAUUAAACAUUUCGACAAUCUUCGACCGGAGGGCGAUUUUGAAAGGCCUCAGCAGGAGAAAUUUAAGCCAACUAAGAGGCCCCAAGCAAAGAAACCUAAAGACAACCUACAGCCGGAGGGCGAUUUUGAAAGGCCUGAGCAGGAGAAAUUUAGGCCAGCUGAGAGGCCCAAAGCGAAGAGACCAAAAGAUAACUUACAGCCGGAGGGAGAUUUUGAAAGACCUGAACAGCAAAAAGUUGUGCCGGCUGAAGUUAGGACGCCAAUCAAACAUUUCGACAAUCUUCGACCUGAAGGCGAUUUUGAGAGGCCAGAGCAACAGCGGUAUGAGCCGGCUGAAAGACCCAAAGCGAAAAAACCAAAGGAUAACUUACAGCCAGAAGGUGAUUUUGAAAGACCAGAACCGGAGAAAUUUAAGCCAACUGAGAGGCCCCAAGCAAAGAAACCAAAAGACAACCUACAGCCGGAGGGCAAUUUUGAAAGGCCUGAGCUGGAGAAAUUUAGGCCAGCUGAGAGGCCCAAAGCGAAGAAACCAAAAGACAACUUGCAGCCUGAGGGCGAUUUUGAAAGGCCUGAGCAACUUAAAGUUGUGCCGGCUGAAGUUAGGACGCCGAUUAAACAUUUCGACAAUCUUCGACCUGAGGGUGAUUUUGAAAGACCAGAACAACAGCGGUACGAGCCGACUGAAAGGCCGAAAGCGAAGAAACCAAAAGACAACUUGCAGCCGGAGGGCGAUUUUGAAAGACCUGAACAGCAAAAAGUAGUGCCGGCUGAAGUUAGGACGCCAAUCAAACAUUUCGACAAUCUUCGACCUGAAGGCGAUUUCGAGAGGCCAGAGCAACAGCGGUAUGAGCCGGCUGAAAGACCCAAAGCGAAAAAACCAAAGGAUAACUUACAGCCCGAAGGUGAUUUUGAAAGACCCGAACAGGAGAAAUUUAAGCCAACUGAGAGGCCCCAAGCAAAGAAACCAAAAGACAACCUACAGCCGGAGGGCGAUUUUGAAAGGCCUGAGCAGGAGAAAUUUAAGCCAGCUGAGAGGCCUAAAGCAAAGAAACCAAAAGACAACUUGCAGCCGGAGGGCGAAUUUGAAAGGCCUGAGCAACUUGAAGUUGUGCCGGCUGAAGUUAGAACGCCGAUCAAACAUUUCGACAAUCUUCGGCCAGAAGGUAGUUUUGAAAGACCUGAACCAGAACAAUAUACCCCUGCAGAAAGACGAAAAGCAGAGAAACCAUUAGACAACUUGCAAUUAGAAGGAGAAUUUGAAAGAUCUGAGUCGUUUAGGUAUGAGCAAGCUGAGCGAAGAACUCUGAUCAAACAUUAUGAUAACCUUCGACCUGAAGGCGACUUUGAGAGACCGGAGCAACUCAAAUAUAAGCCAACUGAAAGACCCAAAGCGAAGAGACCAAAAGACAACUUACAGCCGGAUGGAGAUUUUGAAAUGCCUGAACAGCAAAAAGUUGUGCCGGCUGAAGUUAGGACGCCGAUCAAACAUUUCGACAAUCUUCGACCUGAGGGCGAGUUCGAGAGGCCAGAACAACAGCGGCCUGAGCAAGAGAAAUUCAAGCCAGCUGAGAGGCCCAUAGCGAAGAAACCAAAAGACAACUUGCUGCCGGAGGGCGAUUUUGAAAGACCUGAGCAACUUAAAGUUGUCCCGGCUGAAGUUAGGACACCGAUUAAACAUUUUGACAAUCUUCGACCUGAAGGUAACUUUGAAAGACCAGAACAACAGCGGUACGAGCCGGCUGAAAGGCCCAAAGCGAAAAAACCAAAAGAUAACUUACAGCCCGAGGGUGAUUUUGAAAGACCUGAACAGGAGAAAUUCAAGCCAACUAAGAGGCCCCAAGCAAAGAAACCAAAAGACAACCUACAGCCGGAGGGCGAUUUUGAAAGACCUGAGCAAGAGAAAUUCAGGCCAGCUGAGAGGCCCACAGCGAGGAAACCAAAAGAUAACUUGCAGCCGGAGGGCGAUUUUGAAAGACCUGAACAGAAAGCAAAACACAAAACAGUGCCGGCUGAAGAACAUUUCGACAAUCUUCGACCUGAAGGCGAUUUCGAGAGGCCAGAGCAACAGCGGUAUGAGCCGGCUGAAAGACCCAAAGCGAAAAAACCAAAGGAUAACUUACAGCCCGAAGGUGAUUUUGAAAGACCCGAACAGGAGAAAUUUAAGCCAACUGAGAGGCCCCAAGCAAAGAAACCAAAAGACAACCUGCAUCCGGAGGGCGAUUUUGAAAGGCCUGAGCAGGAGAAAUUUAAGCCAGCUGAUAGGCCCAAAGCUAAGAAACCAAAAGACAAUUUGCAGCCGGAGGGCAAUUUCGAAAGGCCUGAGCAGGAGAAAUUUAAGCCAGCUGAGAGGCCCAAAGCAAAGAAACCAAAAGACAACUUGCAGCCGGAGGGCUAUUUUGAAAGGCCUGAGCAAGAGAAAUUCAGGCCAGCUGAGAGGCCCACAGCGAAGAAACCAAAAGACAACUUGCAGCCGGAGGGCAGUUUUGAAAGGCCUGAGCAACUUAAAGUUGUGCCGGCUGAAGUUAGAACGCCUAUCAAACAUUUCGACAAUCUUCGACCAGAGGGUAGUUUUGAAAGACCUGAACCAGAACAAUAUACCCCUGCAGAAAGACGCAAAGCAGAGAAACCAUCAGAUAACUUGCAAUUAGAAGGAGAAUUCGAAAGAUCUGAAUCGUUUAGGUAUGAACAAGCAGAGCGAAGAACUCUGAUCAAACAAUAUGAUAACCUUCGACCUGAAGGCGACUUUGAAAGGCCCGAGCAACCCAAAUAUAAACCAACUGAAAGACCCAAAGCAAAAAUACCAAAAGACAACUUACGGCCGGAGGGCGAUUUUGAAAGACCCGAACAACUUAAAGUUGUGCCGACUGAAGUUAGGAAGCCGAUCAAACAUUUCGAUAAUCUUCGACCUGAAGGCGAUUUUGAAAGACCAGAACAACAGAGGUAUGAACCGGUUGAAAGGCCCAAAGCGAAAAAACCAAAGGAUAACUUACAGCCCGAAGGUGAUUUUGAAAGGCCUGAACAAGAGAAAUUUAAGCCAACUGAGAGGCCCCAAGCAAAGAAGCCAAAAGACAACCUGCAACUAGAAGGUGAGUUUGAAAGAUCAGAGUCGUUUAGGUAUGAACAAGCAGAGCGAAGAACUCUAAUCAAACAAUAUGAUAAUCUUCGACCUGAAGGCGACUUUGAAAGGCCCGAGCAACCCAAAUAUAAACCAACUGAAAGACCCAAAGCAAAGAUACCAAAAGACAAUUUACAGCCAGAGGGUGAUUUUGAAAGACCAGAACAACAGCGGUACGAGCCGGCUGAAAGGCCCAAAGCGAAAAAACCAAAAGAUAACUUACAGCCCGAAGGUGAUUUUGAAAGACCUGAACAGGAGAAAUUUAAGCAAACUGAGAGGCCCAAAGCAAAGAAACCAAAAGAUAACUUGCAGCCGGAAGGCGAUUUUGAAAGGCCUGAGCAGGAGAAAUUUAAGCCAGCUGAGAGGCCCAAAGCGAAGAAACCAAAAGACAACUUGCAGCCGGAGGGCGAUUUUGAAAGGCCUGAGCAACUUAAAGUUGUGCCGGCUGAAGUUAGAACGCCGAUCAAACAUUUCGACAAUCUUCGACCAGAGGGUAGUUUUGAAAGACCUGAACCAGAACAAUAUAUCCCUGCAGAAAGACGCAAGGCAGAGAAACCAUCAGAUAACUUGCAAUUAGAAGGCGAAUUUGAAAGAUCUGAGUCGUUUAGGUAUGAACAAGCAGAGCGAAGAACUCUGAUCAAACAAUAUGAUAACCUUCGACCUGAAGGCGAUUUUGAAAGGCCCGAGCAACCCAAAUAUAAACGAACUGAAAGACCCAAAGCGAAAUUACCAAAAGACAACUUACAGCCGGAGGGCGAUUUUGAAAGACCUGACCAACAGAGGUAUGAACCGGUUGAAAGGCCAAAAGCGAAAAAACCAAAAGAUAACUUACAGCCCGAAGGUGAUUUUGAAAGACCUGAACAGAAGAAUUUUAAGCCAGCUGAGAGGCCCGAAGCGAAGAAACCAAAGGACAACUUGCAGACGGAGGGCGAUUUUGAAAGGCUUGAGCAACAUAAAAUUGUGCCUGCUGAAGUUAGGACGCCGAUUAAACAUUUCGACAAUCUUCGACCAGAGGGUAGUUUUGAAAGGCCUGAACAAGAACAAUAUAGACCUGCUGAAAGACGUAAAAUAGAGAAACCAACAGAUAACUUACAACUUGAAGGCGAGUUUGAACGAUCGCACUCAGUUAGGUUUGAACAGGCAGAGAGAAGAACUCUGAUCAAACAUUGUGAUAACCUUCGACCUGAAGGUGAUUUUGAACGACCCGAACAACCAAAAUAUGACGCAACCGAAAGACCUAGGGCUGAGAAACCAAGGGAUAAUCUUCAUCCGGAGGGGGAAUUUGUGAGACCAAAAUCAUAUGAAAGUCUGCCUGCAGAGAAGAGAACUCCAAUCAGACAUCAUGAUAACCUUCGACCUGAGGGCGAUUUUGAAAGGCCCGAGCAACCGAACUAUAUGCCAGCUGAAAGACCUAAGGCCAAGAUACCAAAAGAUAAUAUUCGGUUAGAUGGAGAAUUUAAUGCAAAAAGUAUACAUAAAAUUCAAAUGACAGAGCAGAAGGCAUUAGAUCUGGGCAAACAAACAGUUAAUAUGAGUGAAGUAAGAAAUGAACGUGAAGUAUUUAAUGGUGGUAUAAUGAGUAAUAAUAAACUUGAAACAAUUAAGGGUAGAACGACAAAUAUUGUGAAAAGUGCUGAUAAUUCAAAAAUAGUAGACAACAUUGAUAUGAAGGAUAAUAGAAGUAAGUCGUCAUAUUCAGAAUGCAGUGUUAUGCAGAAAGUCGAUGAUUUGAAGUUGACAGAUAAUGACAAAUAUAUUAGGGUAGAUAAUAUUAAUACAAAUAAAAUAACCAAAUCGUUAGCUGAAAGGCGUAAUAUUAUCAAACAUACAGACAACUUAAAAAUAUCUGGUGAAUUUGUGCGUCAUGCUUCAUCAGAAUGGCAGCCUGCUGAAAAGGUUAAGAUUAAGAAGCCUCUGGAUAAUUUACAAUUGGUGGGUGAGAUGUAUGUCAAUAAUUCACAAAAUUUAAAAAAUACAAUGGUUCGUGGUGAACGUUUUGCUAUUAAGAAACAUGAAAGCACGUUAAAAAUUGGCACGGAUACCAUGGAUUGCGUUACAACAAAUAGCGUAGCUUAUCAAAAAAUAUCUACAAAGAAAAUAGUUCCUUCUAACGAAAACAAAACAAUAGACAAAAGGUUACAUAUGAAAUCAAGCAUUGAUUUAAGUGAACAAAAUUUGGUAAGCAAUAAAAAUACUACAAAGCUUUCAAGCGAAUCAAGAGUGGCUACAAAGAUGCAUUCCGAUGAACAAGUAAAUAGUAGUGUAGGUCACGAACAUGACGCUAAAAGUGUGAUAGCACGUAUCGAAACUAAUUUCGUUUCUGAUAGAAAUACAGCAAAAUCAGAUCAAAACCACUUUUCAGAAAAUGCAAUUGAAAGACAUGUCGUAAAGCGAAUGCCGGUGAGCAAUGAGCAAAUUAUUCAACACGAUUUUGCCAACAAAACAAAUACUAAUGCAAGUAGCAAAUCCGGCUACCACAGACAUAGUACAAUUAGUAGUUCUGUUGGUGUAAGCAAUUCUGUGCUAUGUCGAAAAGGCUUAUCAACUUCAACCGAAGCUUUGCAUGCAAUUAAUCGUGCAGCCGCUUCUCAGAGGCGAAGCAUUAGCAAUUUGCAUGGACAAAGUACACAGUACUCUUCCCACAGUGAGAGAAAAAGUUUAAGUUCUAUUCAUCGGUCGUCUAAGGAAACCACUCAUCAGCAGAUUGAAACUCAAUCUAAUGCACGAAAUAAACACCAAGUAUCAUCAUCUAACGCUACCUACGUUAUUGAACGCCCGCAGAAAACCGUUCGACGCGAUAAUCUGUUAACUGGCGGUGAAUUUUAUGGUCAAAAAGAUUCAAGGUAUGGUAAUUUUUCUAAUUGUGAACAAAGUCUAAGAAGUACCAAAGUUGAACAUACAAGGCGGUCUUCUAAUAUUUCUCAUAUUUCGUUUGGAGAAGGUUCUUUUAUAUCAUCUACAACUUACAAUAAGCAUAGGGGCCCUUGCCCAGCUGCUUUAUUGGAAACUAAUAAAGCACCAUUUAAAUAUACACGUCAAGUGAAGGCGCAUAAAUUUUAUGUGCCUAAAGUUGUCACGGAAAAAUAGGAAGCCUUUAAAAUAUCAUUCAGAAUUUAUUUACUUAUCAAUGUCUUCCAUUACUGUAUAUACUUAUAUAUAUAUAUAUAUAUAUAUAUAUAUAUAUAUAUAUAUAUAUAUAUAUAUAU